AAGGAGAUCGAUAAAGAUCGAUAACAGCGAGGAGGUGAUCAGCACGACGGAACCUCAGCGCAGGAGCUUUAAAUAACAUAGAGGCGAAACAGAGUGACCCAGCUCUCAUGGGAGCACAUGCAGAGGACUCUGUGCUGCUGCAGACGUUGACUGGGCCGGUGGUUCUUCCACAAGAACAUGGAGAAGAUGUCCCGCGUUGCCACGGCCCACAGCAGCAGCGCCAGCAGCUCACGAACGAUGUUCUGCCACCUGGACGCUCCGGCCAACGCCAUCAGCGUGUGCCGGGACGCCACGCAGGUGGUGGUCGCGGGCCGCAACAUCUUCAAGAUCUACGCGCUGGAGGAGGAGCAGUUUGUGGAGAAGCUGAAUCUCCGCGUCGGACGCAAACCCUCGCUCAACUUUAGCUGCGCCGACGUCAUGUGGCACCAGAUGGAAGAGAACCUGUUGGCCACCGCCGCCACCAACGGGGCGGUGGUCACCUGGAACCUGGGGAAGCCCUCUCGGAACAAGCAGGACCAGCUGUUCACAGAACACAAGCGCACCGUCAACAAGGUGUGCUUCCACCCCUCGGAGGUGAACAUGCUGCUCAGCGGCUCCCAGGACGGCUUCAUGAAGUGCUUCGACCUGCGCAAGAAGGAGUCGGUCAGCACUUUCUCAGGUCAGUCCGAGAGUGUUCGGGACGUCCAGUUCAGCAUUAAGGAUUAUUUCACAUUUGCUGCGACCUUUGAGAACGGCAACGUCCAGGUGUGGGACAUCCGGCGGCCCGACCGCUACGAGCGAAUGUUCACCGCCCACACCGGCCCGGUGUUCUGCUGCGACUGGCACCCCGACGACCGGGGAUGGCUGGCGACGGGCGGCAGGGACAAGAUGGUGAAAGUGUGGGACAUGACCACGACCCGGGCCAAGGAGAUCUACUGCGUCCAGACGAUCGCCUCGGUGGCGCGGGUGAAGUGGCGCCCUGAGAAGAAGUUCCAUUUAGCCACCUGCUCCAUGAUGGUGGAUCACAACAUCUACGUGUGGGACGUCCGCAGACCGUUCAUUCCCUUCGCCACCUUCGAGGAGCACAAGGAUGUGACCACUGGGAUUGUGUGGCGCCACCAGCACGACCCUCACUUCCUGCUCUCUGGCUCCAAGGACAGCACGCUCUACCAGCACAUGUUCCAGGACGCCACUCGUCCCGUGGACAAGGCCAACCCAGAGGGCCUGUGCUUCGGCCUGUUCGGGGACUUGGCCUUCGCGGCCAAGGAGAGUCUGAUCAGCAGCGACGCCAACAGGAAGCCGUACCCCGGGGGCGACCGGCGCUACCCCAUCUUUUUCUUCAAAAAGCCCGACCCGACAGAACAGUUUGACCACGUGUCCAGCGCCCUGAGUGUCUUCGAGACGGACCUGGACAGCAACAGCAUGGACUGGUUCGUGAAGACGGCUCAGCUCUACCUCCUCUGUGGGAAGCCGUUUGCUGAGCUGUGUGAGCACAACGCCACGGUGGCCCGGGAGCUCAAAAGACCUCAGGUUUCCACAACAUGGACCAUGUUAAGAAUUAUGUUUUCAGACCCAGCCAACCCCACAACGCCCGGUCUGAGCCACAGCCUCAGUAAACUGGGCACCUUGCCUCUGAUGAACAGUUUCAACAUGAAGGAAAUGAGUUCGGGGAUUGGCCCAGAGAGUCGACUGGAGCGCGGGAAAGGUGAGAGCAGGCAGGACAACCUCCACCUGGAGCCUGGGAACUUGCACAUCAGCAAUAAUAAUGAAGAAAACGAGGAGACGGAGGGCAGCGACGGGCAGGCCGAGUACAUGUUCGGGGACGCCGAGCUGGACGACGACGACCUCUACUCCAUGGAGCACGAGAACCAGACGGAGGAGCAGGAGUACACGCUGCCCCAGGAGGCCUUCCAACUGCGCCACGAGAUCAUGGAUAACCCGUCGGCUCCGGAGCACCUCCAGCAGGACAAGGCCGACUCGCCGCACGUCAGCGGCAACGAGGCAGAGGUCACGUGUCUGACGCCCAUCGAGUCCUUCUCCCUCAUCUCCAUUUCCCAACCGCUGUUCAGCCCACAUUUACCGGCCAGCUUCUUCUGCCCCAUCGUGCGGGAGAUGCUGAGCUUCUACGCCGAGCAGGGCGACGUGCAGAUGGCCGUGUCUGUGCUCAUCGUCUUGGGGGAGCGGAUCCGCAAAGAGGUGGACGACCUCACCCAGGAGCACUGGUACAUGUCCUACAUCGACCUGCUGCAGCGGUUUGAGUUGUGGAACGUGUCGAACGAGGUCAUCAAGUUGAGCACCUGCAGCGCCAUCACCUGCCUGAACCAGGCGUCGACCACGCUGCACAUCAACUGCAGCAACUGCAAGCGGCCAAUGAGCAACAGGGGCUGGAUCUGUGACCGGUGCCACCAGUGUGCCAGUGUGUGUGCCGUGUGCCACCAUGUGGUGAAGGGGCUGUUUGUGUGGUGCCAGGGCUGCAGCCACGGGGGACACCUGGAGCACAUCAGGAACUGGCUGAAGAGCAGCGCCCACUGCCCCGCCGGCUGCGGCCACCUGUGUGAAUACACCUGAGCCCCCUGUGUGAAUACACCUGAGCCCCCUGUGUGAAUACACCUGAGCCCCCUGUGUGAAUACACCUGAGCCUCUUGUGUGAAUACACCUGAGC